GAUUUGAGGUCAAUCCAGACCAGCAAAGAAAAGAAGACCUCGUGCGAAUUGGUUCAGUGAUACCCAUUCGAGGCAUUGCCAGAGAGAUAGUCUCAAGAUGGCCAAAGUCAUCUUCACCCCGUGGAAGGAGCAAUCGCAAUUACUGGUGGUGCGGAAUCAAUUCUACCCUCCGCCGCUAUAUGAUGGACCGGACCUGCGAUCCAAGGCCUGCGCCACAGUCAGCGCAUGGAAAAUGCGAGGCAACCUCCCCCAUCCCGUCGAGGCGACCGCCUUAUUGACGGAUGCUAUCCUCCAUGACGAUGCGCAGAAGAAUUCCAUCUUCUCGAUCCGAGCCACCUAUGCGGCGGCUUUCUGUCGCUUCGUAACGGGUCUCGUUGACUCGAAACUCGGCGGACAGCGCAGGACCAUGUUCCAGCGAGCCCUGGACCUGGGCCUGCCCGCCUCGUUCGUGGAGUUGCGGCACGAGGCCACGCAUCGCGAGCUGCCGUCGCUGACGGUGCUGCGGAAUGCGUCGCAGCGAUCCCUGGAGUGGCUGUGGGAUUACUACUGGGCCAAGACGGAGUUUGCUGCUGACUUUGGGGCUCAACGGGUGCCUGUUGAAGCUGGAUCAGAGGGUGUCGCCGAGGGCGACGAGGACGAGGACGAGGAUGACGACGACGAGGGAGAAGUCGAUCUUGAACCGAUCAAGUCGGCUCUUCGGGGUACUCUCCAGCAGGUCGUGGCUGACGGGGAGGAUCAGCAGCAACCGCCGCGGAAGAAACGGAAGGUGCAGCAGCAUUUGUCUGCCGUUACGGCGGAGGUGGUGUCGAUGUGUCGGUCUUCGGGCCGGGGUGUUUCUGCUUUGUCGAGUGUUUUGGUGGAGGAUGCGUUGUUGGUCCCUGCUGGACGGAGGAUGGGUGACUCUAUGGUUAAUCAAUUCGUCAAGUGGGAUCCAUUAUUACAGAUGAUUGCGGACGCGCAGCCGACGUUCUUGUCGAGUCUGACGGAGGAGCUCGCGGACGCAUUGGCGUUGACGACACGUCCCAAGGAUGCGAAGACCGAUCCCCGCUGUGAAGGCGUCUAUAUGUGGCUGGACCACAUUUUGGGGUCGGCGCAGUGGGAGUCCAGGAGACGGCUGGUCUCGUAUGCGUACAUGCUGGCGGUGUGUGAGCAGAGUGGGAACCACUGGACGGAGUCCUUGAAGGAGAGAUUGGCCGAGAGGCAGGAUGAGGGAGUGCCAUCGUUCGAGGGUGAGGAAUUGGGCCGCUCAACACCGUCAUCUAGAGCCAUGCAUAUCCAAUCGAUUCCCAUGUGGACCGGGAAGGGCAACAACUAUGCCUACCUGGUGACCGACGAGCCCACGAAACAAUCGGUCAUCAUCGACCCGGCCAAUCCGCCCGAAGUAAUCCCCGAGCUGGAAUCGCAAAUUAAGGCCGGCAAGAUAGAUCUCACGGCUAUCGUGAACACCCACCACCACUGGGACCACGCCGGCGGUAACAACGAGCUGCUCAAAACCUUCGGCAAGCUGCCCGUAAUCGGCGGCAAGGACUGCCAAUCCGUCACGCAGACGCCCGGCCACGGCGAGACGUUCAAGAUCGGCGACCGCAUCUCCGUCAAGGCGCUGCACACCCCGUGCCACACGCAAGAUAGCAUCUGCUAUUUCAUGCAGGACGGGGACCAGAAGGUCGUGUUCACGGGCGAUACCUUGUUCAUUGGAGGAUGCGGCCGGUUCUUUGAGGGCACGGCGCCUGAGAUGCAUAAGGCGUUGAAUGAGACGCUGGCGGCUUUGCCGGAUGAUACGAAGGUUUACCCGGGACACGAGUAUACCAAGGGCAAUGUCAAGUUCUGUCUGGCUGUCUCGCAGUCUGAGCCUAUUAAGCGGCUGGAUGCGUUCGCUGAGGCGAAUCAGGAGACGCAGGGGAAGUUUACUAUUGGGGAUGAGAAGCUUCACAAUGUUUUCAUGCGUGUGAAUGACCCUGAGAUCCAGAAGAAGACUGGGAAGACGGACCCGGUUGAGGUCAUGGCGGCGUUGAGGGAGAUGAAGAAUGCUAUGUAGGUGGAACUAGUCUGUACAAGUAAUCAUCAAUCUGAAUAAUCUGGGU